AUGAAAUAUUUGAAAUUAUUUACCCUUAUUUCAAUUACAUUAGGUUCAGAGAUUCAAAAACAUAUUCAUCACCUUCGAUCAGGUUCCGAAGAUUUGGAAACAAAUUUGAUAUUUGCUGGAGUGGCGUGCAUAGCAAUCUCUUUUAUAUUAUUGUAGUUCAAUGAAAGAAAAGCGGCUAUCAAUUCAUAUCGCCUUUAAUAUGCAAGAUAGAAUUGUAUCUCCCUUACACCUUUUUAAGAAUCAAACCCCGAAGAUUUAAUUCACAUCACUGGUUAAUUGAUCACUGAUGAAUUAGUAACUGAUAAAGAAUUUGGUGUCUCUUAAAUCAAUUGUGUAAAGUUGUAUAGAAAUGUGGAAAUGUAUUAAUGGGUUGUGGGAGAGAAGUAGAAAGAGCAAUAAUGGGUCGAUCAUUAUGUUGAAAACUCUUUUGGAUAUAAUAAUGACAAAUCUAAAUGGAUUUUAAAUUCAGAGACCUUCUUAAAUAUAAGUGUUAAAUUGCAUCAAUUUGAAUUGCCUGAGGACAUGAAAACCCAACUCAAUACUCCUUUAGAAACUGUCAAAUUGAAUUAGGCAAAUGUUCAGAUAUUCUAAUAGAGAUACAAGGAUAAAGGAUAUAGAAGAUUCUUAUUAUAAGAUGACUACAUCUACAUGCAUUAGGUUGAAGAUCAAAUUGUAAAUGGGGAUUUGAGAAUAUGUUUCAAAUAAGUAAUUUGUAGUGAUGCCACAAUAGUUGCUAGAGCGAUCAUCAAUUCACUUUUGGUUUGGUAAUUUGAAGAUACAUAUAAUAAAACUGUAUCCAAAUAAAAUCAAGUGCAAGAGAAGGAGUUAUCUGAUACCUAACUUCCAAAUGAGGACAAACCAAUCAAACAAAUUUAUUGGAUUUUUUAAGGUCUUUUUACUCCUGAAGAAUGUCUUUAAAAAGUAGUUAAUGAAAAUGCUUUGCUUUUUUGGGUCUUUAGAAGUAUUGGCUAUAUUUUGAUAGCUGUGGGAUCGAUAAUUUUAUUAUCUCCUGUAUCAUAAUUAUCGUAAUUGAUUUAAUCAGAUCAACUGAGUGGAUUUGGUUUUAUUAUUUAUGGCCUUAUUGGUGCAAUACCUAUCAAUAUAUUCUCCAUUUGCUUUUGCUGGUUAUACUAUCGUCCUAUGAUUGGAUUACUAUAGUUGUUGAUAUCUUUAAUCUUAGGUGGAAGUAUUUUUUAUUAUGCUUACAAAAACUAAUGA